CGCGGCGCCGUGACGUCGCGCCCGGCGCCCCGCCCCUGCCCCGGCGCGCGCGCCCGGCCGGCGCAGCCCCGCCCCCGCGCGCCCGCCGCCGGGCGCCAUGCCGCGGGUCUACAUCGGCCGCCUCAGCUACCAGGCGCGCGAGCGCGACGUGGAGCGCUUCUUCAAGGGCUACGGCAAGAUCCUCGAGGUGGACCUCAAGAACGGGUAUGGCUUUGUUGAGUUUGAUGAUCUGCGCGAUGCAGAUGAUGCUGUUUAUGAGCUAAACGGUAAAGAUCUCUGUGGGGAGAGAGUGAUCGUUGAGCAUGCCAGAGGCCCACGUCGCGACAGCAGUUACGGUUCUGGACGCAGUGGAUAUGGUUAUAGAAGAAGCGGAAGAGAUAAGUACGGUCCUCCUACCCGUACAGAAUACAGAUUGAUUGUGGAAAAUUUGUCAAGCCGCUGCAGUUGGCAGGAUCUUAAGGAUUAUAUGCGUCAGGCAGGGGAAGUGACAUAUGCAGAUGCACACAAAGGAAGGAAAAAUGAAGGUGUGAUUGAGUUCAAAUCCUAUUCUGACAUGAAAAGAGCCCUUGAAAAGCUGGACGGGACAGAAGUAAAUGGCAGAAAGAUUAGAUUAGUGGAAGACAGACCUGGAUCAAGACGGCGCCGCUCUUAUUCCAGAAGCCGAAGCCAUUCAAGGUCUCGCUCUCGAAGCAGACAUUCUCAUAAGAGCAGGAGCCGCAGUGCCAGUAGCAGUCGCUCCAAGAGUAGAUCAAGAUCCAGGUCUGUGUCCCGUUCCAGAAGCAAGAGCCGUAGUCGAAGCAAGAGCCGUAGCAGAGGCCAAAAAGAGAAAAGCAGGACUCCAAGUAAAGAGGAUAAAAGUAGGAGCCGCAGCAGGAGUGCAGAAAAAUCACGGAACAAAAGUAAAGACAAAUCUGAGGGCACUCUCCAUAACAGUGAUGAGAAAGCAAAGAGCAGGAGCUGCAGCAAGGAAAAGAGUAAGAGCAGGAGCAGAAGUGGGAGUAAAGACAGGGGAGAGGAGAGGGAGAGCAUAAGGAGGAGUAGGAGCAAGGAGAAGAGUAGAAGCAAAGACAGGGAGAAGAGCAUUAGCAAGGCUAGAAGCAGGAGCAAGAGCAGGGAUGAGAGUAGGAGCAGGAGCCACAGUAAAGACAAAAGGAAAAGUAGGAAGAGAAGUAGGGAUGACAGCAGAAGUAGAAGCAGGAGCCGCAGCCGAAGCAAGAGUGAGAAAAGCAAGAGGCGCAGCAAGCGAGACAGCAAACCAAGUAGCAAGAAGAAAAGGAAGGACAGUCACGAGCGGUCCAGGUCAGUCUCCAAAGAAAAGGAGCAUCUAAAAUCAUCAGAGUCUGACAAAAAGGAGGCAAAAGGUGAGGGUGAGGAUACAGAUGUGCAUCGGGUGUCUCGCUCCAGAUCUAGAUCAAAUUCCAAGUCAAAACCAAAUAUCAAAUCAGAUUCUCGUUCCAGGUCAAAAUCAGUUUCAAAACCUAGGUCCCGGUCUAAGUCUAGAUCUAGGUCUGCCUCCAGAUCACACUCCCGAUCACGGUCAAGGUCUCGCUCCAAAUCCUAACCUUGCUGCAACCACCCUUGGAACUAUCUGAAAAGUCUUUUGUACAUGUUUGGUAGUUGUAGCACAAGUGAUUGAAGUAGAACACAUGUCAAUGCUGUAUAUUUUUAACAACCCUGAUGGUGUGUCUACCGCUGUUAACUGCAGUGCUCGCUCCCUGUAAUGCUCUCUGGCGCAAGGCCAUUCAGCCCAUUUGCUGUCUUAUAGAAAGGUUCUCUUUAAAUAUAAUUCUUCCUAGAGCACUGAAAUUGUCCUGUUUUCCAAGAACAGCAGUACAGAGAGUGAGCACUGCAUUUUGGGUUUAUAAGAUUGGAAUGAUGACUGAUAGGUAGGUAUGAUGGCUUCAACAAUCUUUGCCCUUGAAUUGAUGCCCUUUGAUGUUAUGCCAUUUAGUGGAAGUGCAAAGUCUUAAGUUUCAUACUACUUUUGUUUCAUAUUUUUGGACUUACAGAGUUGUGAAUAGCACUGUCAAAAGGAAAAAAAGAAAUAGAUACUUGCAGUAAUCCAUAGGGAUAAAGAAGUAGAGUUCCAUAUUCUGGUAUUGUGACAAUAUCCUUGUUUUAUAUUAAAUUUUUUUAUUUUAUUUUUCCCCGUCUUGCAAAGUACAGUGAUACCUGUUUCCAUGAAAUUUGAAUAAAGACUAUUUUUGCUUGACGACA